AUUUGUCAAAGUAAGAUGAGGAACUUAUUUGUGUUGCUGCUCUUUUGUCCCGUUGCAUUUACAGUCAAACACUCCCUGAAAUAUUUUCUGACUGCAACUUCUGGAGUCCCAAACUUUCCAGAGUUUGUGGGUGCUGCGACGGUUGAUGACGUUCAGGUGGGCUACUGCGACAGCAACAUCAAGACAGCCAAACCCAAACAGGACUGGAUGAGGAAAUUACUAAAGCAUGACCCACAACACCUGGAGUGGUACGCGCUUAAGUGUUCUGGUAAUCAGCAGGUCUUCAGAGCCAACAUAGACAGCUUGAAACAACGACUGAACCAAAGUGGAGGUGUCCACAUUUUACAGAGGAUGAACGGCUGUGAGUGGGAUGAUGAGACUGGAGAGGUUAUUGGUUUUAAUCAGUACGGUUAUGACGGAGAAGACUUUAUAGCACUGGACCUGGAGACGCUGACAUGGACCGCUCCAACGCCACAGGCUGUAAUGACCAAACUCAGAUGGGAUACUGACAAAGCUCGGUUAGAAUACAAUAAAAACUACUACAUCCAAAAAUGCCCUGACUGGCUAAAGAAGUAUGUGGAGUAUGGGAAGAGCUUUUUGCAGAGAACAGAGCGUCCCUCAGUGUCUCUCCUCCAGAAGACUCCCUCCUCUCCAGUCAGCUGCCACGCUACAGGUUUCUACCCUGAGAGAGCCACACUCAGCUGGAGGAAAGAUGGAGAGGAGCUUCAUGAGGACGUGGAGCUCGGAGAGAUCCUCCCCAACCACGAUGGAACCUUCCAGAUGAGUGCUGAGCUGAAGCUUUCAUCAGUCACACCUGAGGACUGGAGCAGGUACACCUGUGUGUUUCAGCUCUCAGGUGUGAAGCAGGAGAUCGUCACCAAACUGGACAAAGCAGACAUCAGGACCAACUGGGCUGAGGAGUCCAGUCACAUGAUCGUCUCCAUCUUUGCUGCUGUGUUUGUUCCUGCUGCCAUCGCUGCAGCUGGAUUGAUCGUUUACUGUAGGAGGAGGAGGAGAGGAAUAUGAAGAUGUCAGGACUUUGAGUUUAGUCCUUGAGUUGAUGUUUUCAUCCAUGGUGUAAAAUCCAAAUGUGCAUCAGUUUCACAAGUAAAAGUACUGCACACAAAACCUUAAGUUAUAUAAACACCAGUAAAAAGUAUUUAAAUUAAGAAACCUAAGAAGUUCUCUUCAUGCAGUAAAAUUUCAGUCGUGUUUUAUUUCUGAUGUUUUUGGAUUAAUGUUACUGCUGCAUUUACGUGUGUGUCGCACUUUAGUGGUGUGGAUGUUUAAGAUUAUUUAAGUUUAUUUUUCUGACCUGCUGGCUGGUUUAAUCAUCAUGUUUUACUGCUCAAAAUAUAUUCUAUAGUGACUGAUGAACCCAUGUUGUUUUGUUAGGGAAAAAGGGAAACAAAUCAUUUAGAAGGAUGUAAAGAACAUGUUAGGUUGGGAUUAAAGGUGCAAUAAGAUAUGGCCAGAAUUUUGCUUUAAAGCUAAAAUUUUAAAAAUGUAUCUAACAUUAUUAACAGAAUGUGAAGAAACGGUGUUGAUGUUAUGUCCACUUUACUGUUCACUGAUCAACACAAAUGUCCAAAUCAAAUCUGUUCUUCUUGAUUUCAAUAAAGUCCUCAGCUUCCAA